CGCGGUCUUGGCCAGGAAAAGCAGCGCGGACAGGACUCCGCUCUCGGGGCGACCAAGCGACGGACAUUCCACUCCCGGCCAGCAGGGGUCGCACCGCGGGCGGAACCUUCCUGCCGGCCCCGCGCGCCGGCGGGAGCGCGUCCGUCAACGGAAGGGUCCCCCAUAAGCGCUUCCGGUAAAACGGCUCCGGCCUACCGACCGGGUUGUCCUCUCCGCCGCCAGCGACCGGAGCCGGGAUGCGGCUGUUACGGACCGGCCUGGGCUUCCUGCUGCGCCCGGGGAUCCGUCGCGGACCCGGGCAGCCUCUCUACCAGCAAGGCCAGAGCCCCUCGCCGCGCACCCGCGAGUACUUCUACUACAUCGACCACCAGGGACAGCUUUUCCUCGAUGAUACCAAGGUCAAGAACUUCAUCACGUGUUUCAAAGACCAGCAGUUCCUGGUCUUCUUCUUCAAGCAGCUGAAGCUGAACCGCAGCGGCCGCUAUGAGGACUCCUUCCCUUACCUGUCGCCCUGCGGCCGGGAGCACAACUACGUCCGUUGCGAUGACCGGCCCAUCGUCUUCACGCACCUCCUGGAUGGACCCUCGGGCCAGCAGUCGCUGUCCUUCUGCGGGGGCUCAGAGCGCCUGGCCGUGCCCUUCCAGCCGGAGCAGCUGGUCAUGCUGGCCGAGAACGGGCGGGUCUAUCACCCAGGUCCGGAGAAGGCUGGCGGGGUAGGAUUGGUCAAAUCAUCCUUGGCCUUUGAGUUGAGCCCUUGCUUUGAGUACCAGGACGGACCCGGUCAGCCGCCCACUCAUUUCCGCUGGCAGGAGAAGAGACACGCGCUCACGAACGAGCUGCUGCGGUUGAUCUGACGCCGUUGUAGAGCGAGGAACGCCUUCCAGUGGUCUUCUUGUUGGCACCCUCGGCUUGACAUCAACCCAAAUUAUGCCCCACCUGCCGUUCCAGGUGCCCCGUUUUUCCCAGGAGACCAACUCAAGAACGUGGUUGGAAGCGUCUGUCCAGAAUCCCAGGAGGGCAAGGAUCCCGGAUAAACUCUCUUGGAAUAAAAACCGUUUCAUGGUU